CUCAGUGUCCAGAGCGAUAAAACUUCCACCAAACUCAGUGAUGGCGGCCGUCGUGUCUGUUAGCACCGCUGCCAGCGAUGAAAACACAGAUACAGGGUUCAGUUUCGACACUCGUCCACUUCACGAUAAUUACGACCCCGUUGAGGACAACGAAAACUGGAUGACCGGAGGCCACCGGCAUUCCGAACUCGAGGCCGGCGAAGAGGACUCAACUCCUGAACGCGAGUGUCAGCGUCGGGUCGACGAGGACUUGACAUCAGUGAGCCCCGAAGAAAUACAGAGCCGCUUAGAGAGAACUCGCCGGGAGUUUUACAACCGUAGAAAAAUUAUAAUUAAAAAUCUUCCAUCCGACGUUAGUAAUCAGGAGGUUCAUGAACUGCUCGGCAACUAUGACUUGAAGUACUGCUUUGUUGACAAAUACAAGGGAACAGCGUUUGUCACACUGCUCAAUGGGGAACAGGCACAGUGUGCAAUCAAAGAGUUCCACCAGCAUAUGCUACGAGACAGGGAGAUCUCUGUGCAGCUGCAGCCAACAGACGCUCUGCUGUGCAUUGCCAACUUGCCCUGUGCGUUCACGCAGCAGCAGUUCGAGGAGUUGGUGCGACCCUUUGGUAACCUGGAGCGAUGCUUUCUGGUUUAUAGCGCCUCCACAGGCCACUCCAAAGGCUAUGGCUUUGUGGAGUACAUGAAGAAGGACUCUGCAGCCAGGGCCAAGUCUGAGCUUUUAGGAAAGCAGCUGGGCUCCCGCAUGCUGUAUGUUCACUGGACCGAGGUGGGCUCCCUCACUUACCCACUGCUGCACUCUAAAUGCCUGUGUGUGGACCGCUUGCCCCCAAGCCUGCUGACAGCCAUGGACCUCCGCAACGCCCUAGCUGACACCCAUGCACCAGUCUUCUGCCAGUUGGCACAGGGACAAGAUGGAAGUUUUCGGCGGUUUGCCGUGUUGGAGUUCGCUACAGCUGAAAUGGCCGAGGAGGCACAGCGACCAACCGAUGGCAGGCUGCUGGGCGGGACGCAUAUCAGGGUGUCCUUCUGUGCCCCUGGCCCUCCUGGAAGGAGCAUGUUGGCUGCUCUGAUUGCUGCUCAAACCAUGGCUGUGAAUAGGGGUAAAGGUCUCCUCCCUGACCCCACAGCCAUGCAGAUACUUACAGGCCUCAAUAACCCAGCCACUCUUAAGAUGCUGCUCAACCCACUCUCACAGGGACACAAACAAGGCCUGCUCGGUGCUGCCCCUACGAUGCCCCUGCUGGCCAACCCCGCCCUCUCUGCUGCGCUGCUCCAGCUGCUCCUUCAGAACCAGGCCAAGGCCCAGCAGCAGGUAGGACUCAUUGGGGAGAAUCCUCUGGCGGCUCUGCCUGUCCAGCAGGGAGUCCAUCUGCUCGGAGACCUUCCCCAAGGUCUUGGGCUUCAGACGGAUCCUCUGAACCCUCUAAAGCCGAUGACACUUGGCAGAGCCCUGACAAGGGAGCAGGAGUCCCCAACAGCAGCUUGCACCUUCCCACAGACUUCCUCUCCCACCCUGCAGGGCAUCUCCAUGCCUUUGAUGGGUGGCAUGAUGGGGGCAGAUGGCCUCACAGCACAGGGGGUAUCCAUUCUUGGAGAUCCUCCCAAAGAUGGGAACCAUCCUCAGAGUGCCUUUUUAAGUGUCAACAAUGGUUUUCCGUCAGGAGGAAGCUGCAGACCUCACCCCUAUAGAAAGAGGCCAACUCUUAGUAAUGUGUCUAACCAGCACACACACCAGAGCAUCCAGCCAAAUUACAACCUGCGCUACCAGGACUCCUACAGCCCAGAAUAUCCUCCCCUCCACCAGGAUCCACUGGCCCACUUGUAUGAACAGCAGGAGAACAUCGACACUGGAGCCCUGACAGGGUUUGGCCACCAGCUUUCUCGUCACCAUGAAUUCAGUGAGCAGUUUUCCCACUGCAGUUACCCUCCCAGCCCGCCCAUGUCUUACUUCAGCUCAGGGACUGAGGCCUGUAGCAGCAGUAGCCUUCCUGCCACCCAGCUUAACAGGGCUGUUGGAAUGCCUCCUGUAAGCCACGCUGACCACUACCCCCCAGGUCUUGGUAAUGCUGGGAAGACUCCCAUUGGAAGCCAGAAGCGCGUGUUCUCCCGACUGAUUCCAUCUCCAGAGCCGAGUCCAGAGGGCAGCUAUGUGGGCCAGCACUCCCAGGGCCUUGGUGGCCACUAUGCAGACUCCUACCUGAAGCGAAAGCGUAUAUUGAAGACUGCCCAAUGCAUCCUUAUGCACGAGCCAUUCAACAGCCAAGACACAGUGUGCAUCUCCUCCGGCCUCCUCCAGUGAACUGUAUAGCUUGGUGGUCCUCGGAUUUAUCUUGUGUAUUUCUGUGAGUGACCCCUGGAGGGUGCUAGGGAAUGCAGCCUGUUGCUAUCUGGACAGUUGUGUCACUCCAUGGGAAUUCUUGGUGGUUGUUUUUUCCUUUUUUUCUGUGUGUGUGUGUGUAUAUAUGAUUUUUAGUGUGUUGGUAAAAUAAGUUUUAACUUUUCCCCUUUUUUUUUUUUUUUUUUUUUAAAUUAGACUUUUAAUUUCUUGUUGAGAAACUUGUACAGUGAGAAAAAAUGGUUAAUUAGCUAAUGAAGUCUUAUCUUUUAAGCGUUUUUAACUCCAGUGUUUGUGUGUGUGUGUGGUGUCAGCAGAGCUACAGAUGGUUUGGCCUGUUUUUAGUGGCAGCUUGAGGCUGCUCUGUGUUUGACAACUGACUUAAGUGAUGCUGUCUGUAAUUUCAGGCAAAGGGACUUGCAUAGUGUAAAAACAAGCUUUACUUUGAAGGUUCUCUCUUUUUUUUUUUUUAAAGCCUUCCUUAUUUCCUGUAAAGAGUUCAGUAGUUUGUUUAAAUGUGAUGGUGUUUUCGUGUUGUGUUUUCGUUUCCCCUUUCCUUUUCACAGGGUUGUAUCUUUUGCUCUAUGACUCUGGAUUCAGGCCUCUACUUGUUGGUCACAUGCAGCUUUCCAUCCACCAAUGACAGCUGUAUGUACCUGCCUUUAUGUUUAUGACGAAGUUUUUCCGAUAAUUCCGGCACGUUUUGUCUCAAGACCUACCUGUUCCACGUCGUUUGUCUUUUGAGCCACAGCCUCCAACAUGUUUACGGAGUCUGUUCACUAUAUUAGUUGUCGAUUGAUGCACUUGGAGAGGGCACAUGUCACAACUCUGAUCUGUUUGCACCGCCGUAUUCAAGUCUCGUCUCACUCAUUUGUACAUAAGUUAAAUAUUUUCUGUGUGUGAGUUCAGUUUUCAAAAUUAUAUUUGAACGUCUUUUGGAAGUCCAAACACCACACCUGGAUUGUUGAGUUGGUUGGAUGGGGUGCUGGAAAUGUGCUGUGAGCUAUCUCUCAAGCUGCCAGCAGGUGGUGAAUACAGGAACAUAAACCAUCUCUCUCUCAGCCAGAGAGGCUUGACUGAGUGAAAUGAGCAUCUCUAGGAGAGUAGAUAGCAGCUGGAGUGAUAUACAGCCUGUGUUCAAAGGUUUCAGUACUGGUGGGAGUUUUGGUAUAAAUGGAAGCUUGUGGCAGGUGAUUGGUCAGUGACAUGACUCUCCUGUGUUUUUUUUUUCUUUUUUUUUUAUAUAAUUAUCUGAUUGACAGUUUGAUUGUGAAAACCCAUUACCUCUGACUUCUGCUAGGAAAUGCAGCUACACGUGAGCCUGAACUGUGCUUUGCAUCCAUCAACAUUUACCAUUUCUGUGUUAUUUGCUGUGUAAAGAGUUGGGUGUGAUCAUUUUCUCGAGUCCAACUUUUUUUUGUUUUCUUAAUCAUACAUGCCUCUGGUCUGGUGUUUUGAAUGAAUUUGCUGCUCCUCUUGUUUUCGUUGUUCUCUGCCUGUUUGUUUGAAUCUGAUGUGACAGAGUGGUGCCACAGCAGACUGCUCAUGUUGUGUAUGGACCAAGAGAUGCAGCUGUACUGUAUGACAGUCAUCUAUUUCAAUUGAUUGGAUUCUAACUGCUAUCUUCACAUCUGUACCGCCAUGGUUGUCUGUAUGUGUGUGAUGUGAGCAAGUAAAUGUUAUUUAAACUCA